AUGGCAGAAACAGCGAGACGACGAGUACAGCAGCAGCUAACCAUUCUCGCGGGCGGGAUCAAGGUCGCCCCUCGCAAGUUCUUCGUCGGUGGUAACUUCAAGAGCAACGGUACUCUCGAAAGCAUCAAGGCUAUCGUCGAGAACCUCAACAAGGCUGAAUUGAAGGGUGACGUCGAGAUCGUUGUCGCUCCUCCUGCGCUGUACCUCCUCCUCGCCAGCUCCCUCAUCCGCCCCGAGAUCAAGGUCGCCGCCCAGAACCUCUACGACAAGGGCAACGGCGCGUACACCGGCGAGAUCAGUGCGCAGCAGCUGCACGACGCCUCGAUCGAGUGGGUGAUCCUCGGGCACUCGGAGCGCCGCUCCAUCUUCGGCGAGAGCGACGAGUUCGUCGCCUCCAAGACCAAGGCUGCGCUCGACGCCGGCCUGUCGGUCGUUCUCUGCUGCGGAGAGAGCCUCGAGGAGCGCGAGAAGGGCAUCACCACCGAGGUUGUCACCAGACAGUUGGGCGCCGUUGCUAAGGUCGUCAAGGACUGGAGCAAGAUCGUCGUGGCCUACGAGCCCGUCUGGGCUAUUGGUACCGGAAAGGUCGCUACUACUGCCCAGGCCCAGGAGACCCACAAGGACAUCCGUGAGUGGAUGGCCAAGACCGUGUCCCAGGAGGCCGCCGAGAAGACCAGGAUCCUGUACGGUGGUUCCGUGACCGAGAAGAACUCGGCCGAGCUGAGCAAGCAGCCCGAUGUUGAUGGGUUCUUGGUCGGUGGUGCUUCCUUGAAGCCUGCUUGUAAGUUGGCCCGUUUGUGUGAAAUGACGAGGGAUGAAUGCUAA